AUGGCGUCCGAACGUUACAGUUUCUCUCUCACCACUUUUAGCCCUUCAGGGAAAUUAGUUCAAAUCGAAUAUGCUUUAGCUGCCGUAGCCGCUGGCGGCACGUCCGUCGGUAUCAAAGCAUCCAAUGGAGUUGUGAUUGCCACAGAAAACAAGCAUAAGAGCAUUCUGUAUGAUGAGCACAGCGUCAAUAAGGUGGAAAUGAUCACUGGCCACAUUGGUAUGGUCUACUCCGGCAUGGGACCGGACUACCGUCUCCUCGUCACCCAGGCCCGGAAGAUGGCCCAGCAGUAUUACUUGAUGUACCAUGAGCCUAUCCCUACUGCUCAGCUGGUGCAGCGGGUAGCUACUGUCAUGCAGGAGUAUACUCAGUCUGGUGGUGUCCGUCCCUUCGGCGUGUCCCUCCUGAUCUGUGGCUGGGACAACGACAGACCGUACCUGUUCCAGUGCGACCCGUCCGGCGCCUACUUCGCGUGGAAAGCAACCGCUAUGGGCAAAAACUAUAAUAACGGCAAAACUUUCUUAGAAAAGAGAUACACAGAAGAACUAGAACUUGAUGAUGCGGUCCACACAGCGAUCCUGACUCUCAAAGAAGGGUUCGAGGGCCAGAUGACAGCAGACAACAUAGAGGUCGGCAUAUGCGAUGCUUCAGGCUUCAGACGGCUUGAACCAGCGCAUGUUAAAGAUUAUCUCGCCAACAUCCCCUAA